CGUGUAGGAAAUAAGACGAACCUGAUUAACGAUCUGAAGAUUGUAAUUUAAUACUAGGCAUAUUUGAAUAACGCUCAUUCGAAUUACAUCUAAAAUGAGUUAAAAAAAAAACAAUGUGUAUAUAAAAAAAUAUUAAUAACAUUAUUCCCAGUGUGUAUAAAACGCAAUAUCAAAUGCGAAAGAAACGCAAUAUUUCCGGAAACUGGAAACAUCGAAAAAAGUUCAUCGAUCGAUGACGAGACGAACCACUGGGAGUGGAAGCUUUAUCCGACAUGAAGCAGACACAAAGAAAUGUGUAUACAGGUACGUAUGUGCGAGAAAGAGAAAUAACGAUAGAUAAAGCUCAGGAUAAAAGCUCUGCGAAAACCUCGACGGGAACAACGACGAGAGAGGGAAAAGCAUAAUGUUGCGUUUGGGAUCUGAUCGGAAGUCGACUUCGAGCGUCAUUCAGUAAACGAUCUUUGGAACGAAAGUACAUAAUCGCGUUGCAAAAUUUUCGUGAGUCAGUUUUAGAACUUGUGCAGCCAUGAGUUCGAAGAAACACGACAUUGCUGCAGAAAAUGCUCCCCUGAAGAAAAAGAAAAAGUCCAGAUUGGAUGCCGCCAUGCAGGAACUAUCAGAAGCAAACUCGAGCAAUGCAUUAUUGGCUGAGAAAUUAGCCAAGGCACAAGAAACGAUCCGCUCACUACAGACCAGCCUAACAUCCGCUAGGAGCGAGUGCGGAGAUGUAAACAGCGUCGAAUUCGAGAAUGAACUAGGGCCAAGCAGUACAAAACAACCGAGUGCACAACGAAGUGAGGUUGUCGAACUUUCCCGUUUCGUUUCUUCAAUGAACCAGAUGUCCGUUUCAUCGAUUAAUGUACCGGAGUGCAAAGCAAGCGUGGAAGGCGAGGACAUCUCCAGGCUGGACUUUGAUGCGUGGCGGGAUUUGCUGUCCAAUUCGUUGACGUUGGCUGGUAUCACUGACGAGACUACACAAUUCGUUGUGUUUAAGGUAAAGGCUGGCCAGAAGCUGCUCGAACUGUUUCGAGCAACAGAAUCAACCACUGAUGCCCCUAACGAAAAAGCGAAGCCCUAUUCUAACGCAAUGUUCCGAUUGAAGAAGUAUUUUGCUUCUACUUCUGAUGUCAUGCUGCAGCGGAGGAAGCUUGCCCUCAUGACACAGAAUCACAGUGAAUCGGACCUAACGUUCAUCAGAAGAGUUAGUCUAGCGGCCAAACAGUGCGAGUAUCCGGAAGGGAAGCAGCUUGAAGAGGUCUUGAGUACUGUAGCGGAACAAGCGAAACAUAAGGAGGUAAGGGUUGCGGCUCUGAAGAUGAUGAGUCGUAAGGGAACACUUGCAGACUUCAUCGACAAGGUUCGGGAAAUUGAAACAAUACGCCUGAACGAGGAAUACGUCUCGAAGAAGCAAUCGGUGGUAUCUUCUGCAUCGGUGAAUGCAGUACAGGCGGUGGCUGGACCAUCACGCUACGUUCCGACCAGAACAACUCCAGCAUAUGGCAGAACACCAGUGCAACGAUCAAACAUCCGCGGUGGGCGUAUUCAACGACCAGUGAGAGGAAGCGUGGUCUGGCGUGGUUCAAGCUCGCGUAUCCCGGAGCGGUGCACUCGAUGCAAUAGCAUCUAUCAUGCUACGGAGAGGUGUUUUGCUGUUAACAUGACUUGUCAUAACUGCGGCGGCGUAGGUCACUUGCUGCGAGCUUGCAACUUGCCGGUGACGACGCGCGGUAAGGUUCAAGUUGGCCGCAAUCGAAAUGACGCAUUGGAAGUAGCAGCAGUGGGAACAAAACCGGAAGCGCAGCCUGAUGAGGAGAUUCCGCAGGAACCUGUAAGUGAAAUCAAAAAUUAAUAACGUUAUUCACCGGUGGGCUAUGACCAAUUGCUAUAUCGUUAAUUUUUUAUCCAUUAAUAAAAUGAAUUCGUUAAAUGUAUCGCAUUCAUUGAUUGGUUUCAUAUCUAAGACAAAUUUUCGAAGUAGCCCAUGCAGGUGAUAGUGAAUUGAGGAAGCUUCAACAACUAUUAUGAUUUUAGGUUAGCGAACCGGUUUCAAAACCAGAGGCUACAUCGACAACUAUGCACGACCAAGAUAGUAACAUCAUAACAGCAAUGGACAGCGAAUCUGUGUCGAUAUCAGCACCCACAUUAGCAGUGGCGUACGAGCCGACCGAUCAUGGCAUCAUUGAGGCGACGGUAGCGGGAAUGCCAUGUCAGUUCUUGAUUGAUUCGGGCGCUCAAGUUAAUACGGUGACAGAGUUGGUAUUUGAGCAAUUAAUCACAAAUGAGGAGUACAACGUGGGGGUUCACAAUAUUAAACAAGGAACCGAUCGCCCGUUGAAGGCCUAUGCAACGUUGAAUGGCAUAGACGUUUUGUGUACUUUCGAGGCUCUAUUGUACGUUUCGGAAGAUCGUCCAAAAUCGAUAGAGAAGUUUUAUGUUGUUAGAGAGUUCCGAUUGCUGCUAAGCAGAGCUACGGCUACCAGAUACAGCUUGCUACUAGUCGGGCUGAAGGUUCCUGUCAACCUCGGUGAUAUGCCAUAUGAUAGCGGCAACAAAUGGCAAGACAUAGCGUUCAUCUGUUCUGGAGCGACGUUUCCAAAAUUCAACAUUCCCGCCGUUCGGAUAAACUACGAUUCGACCAAACCUCCAUGCCGAAACAUAUACAUGAAUGUCCCUGUUGCAAUGAAAGAUGUUGUUGGACGAAGGCUGAGUGAACUGACAUCAGCAGGUAUAAUCGAGCGCGUUACAGAUGAGAUGAACACGUCCUUUUGUUCAUCAAUGCUCGUUGUGCCGAAAGGACCAAAUGAUUUCCGUCUGGUUGUUGACUUACGAGGUCCAAAUCGGUUUAUCCUUAGAACUCCGUAUGCAAUGCCAAGUCUUGACAAAAUUUUGGCAAAACUGGAAGGUGCAAAAUGGUUCUCCACCAUAGAUUUAUCCAGCGCAUUCUUUCAUAUUGAGCUACACGAGGACUCACGCCAUUUGACUAACUUCAUGACGGAAUUUGGAAUGUAUCGGAACAUUCGAUUACCUUUUGGCUUAUGCAACUCACCGGACAUAUUCCAGGAGGUAAUGGAGCGUACGAUACUGGAAGGAUGCGAAGGCGUGGUAAACUACCUGGACGACGUUUUGAUUUUCGGUGGAACAAAGGAAGAACAUGACAGGAAUCUGGCCAAGGUUCAAGCAAGGCUUAAGGAACACAACGUUCAGGUGAACACAUCAAAAUGCGCCUUCGGUAGCCAGAGCGUAAAAUUUAUGGGAUUCGAAUUGACAGAUGCUAGAUGGCGAAUUGAACAGGAGAAAAUCACUGCUAUCAAAAACUUCAAACGACCUACAUCGUGUUCGGAAGUAAAAAGCUUCCUUGGGCUAAUAACAUUUGUCGACAGAUUCCUGGUGGACAGAGCUACGAAGACAGAACGUAUGAGAACGCUGGCGAAUGCUGCCAAAUUUUAUUGGACCGAUGCCGAGGAAGCAGAAUUUACUGCUCUACAGACCGAUGCCAUACACGCGAUAAGGACUUUGGGGUACUUCAGCAAUACAGACAGGACUGAGCUUUUCGUCGACGCAUCCCCUGUUGGAUUGGGAGCCGUAUUGGUCCAGUACAAAUCAGAUGGAACCCCUCAAAUAAUCGCGUGUGCAUCAAAGGCACUGACUUCCACAGAACAAAAUUAUCCCCAAUCACACAGGGAGGCAUUGGCAGUGGUGUGGGGCAUUGAGCGUUUCACGUUCUAUUUGACCGGAAGAUCAUUUGUGGUAAGAACAGACGCAACAGCAAACGAAUUUAUCUACCACUCCAACUAUCGUAUUGGAAAGCGGGCAUUUGCUAGAGCCGAGGGAUAUGCGUUAAGGCUCCAGCCUUACGACUUCACGAUAAAGAGAGUUGAAGGACAAGAGAAUGUAGCAGAUGCAUUGUCGCGACUGGUUCGCGAUACCCAAAAUUCGGUUCCUUUCGAAGAAGACGAGGAAUCCCACGUACUCUGUACAUUGGAUGCAGGUUGCAUGGAGAUCACCUUGGGCGAAAUAGAAGGUUGUUCAGAGCAGGACGAGGAAUUGGAAAGUCUACGAUUUGCUUUGAGUCACAACAUUUGGCCUGAGGAAUUGCGUAAAUACGAAGCACACAAGAAAAACAUGCACACUCAUGGAGCAUUGAUGUGUAAAGAUGACCGCAUUAUUCUACCAAAGGUAUUAAGAUUUAUGUUUAUUAAUGUGUAUUUAAACUUAUUGCUAAUUCUACAUUUAAAGGUAUUAAGAGAAAAAGCUAUGGUUUCGGCGCACAGCGGGCAUAUUGGAGAAAUCGCUAUGAAGCGCAUCAUGCGCGAAUUUUUCUGGUGGCCAAAGAUGAGUUCCGAGACCGAGGCGUUCAUAAAAAACUGUGAAACAUGCGUCCUAUUAUCAAGGAAAAAUCCACCAGUACCCCUGGCGUCCCGUGAGCUUCCCGAAGGGCCAUGGGAAAUAAUUCAAAUAGACUUCCUUUCGGUCCCAGGAUUUGGAUCAGGAGAGUUCCUGAUUGCCGUGGAUACAUAUUCACGAUUUUUGGCGGUAAUCGAAAUGCAUCGUAUGAACGCUGAUGCUACAAACGCGGCUCUACAGGAUAUUUUCAAACGCUGGGGAUUGCCACUCAUUAUCCAGAGCGACAAUGGGCCCCCAUUUCAAAGCUCAGCUUUUUGUGAAUAUUGGGAAGACAAAGGUGUACGUAUACGUAAAUCGAUCCCGUUGAGUCCACAGUCGAAUGGACUGGUUGAACGGCAGAAUCAAUCGAUAAUUAAAACUCUAUCGGCGGCCAAAAUCGAUGGUAAAAAUUGGAGAAAAGCUCUGGAAGCAUUCGUACACAACCACAAUACGCUGAUUCCGCAUUCGAGGUUGAAUAUAACUUUAUUCGAACUACUCGUAGGAUGGAAGUUUAGGGGCACUUUUCCAAGUCUCUGGAGUGAAAUGACCGACAAAGACUUAGAUCGCAUCGACGUUCGGGAAUUAGAUGCAGACGCUAAGUUGGCUAGUUCUAAAUAUGCGGACCGUAAACGAGGAGCAAAAUCUUCAGAUAUACGCAUCGGAGAUAUCGUAUUUUUGAAACAACAGAAGAAAUGCAAGGCAGAUCCAACGUUUUCAUCAGAACGGUUUACAGUGGUAGCCCAAGACGGUCCAAAAAUGGUAGUUUCAAGCGGCAACGGAGUGCAAUAUGCAAGAAGCAUAAACGAUCUCAAGAAAGUUCCCGGUCCUCCGUCAGUUGGUGUAGCUACGGGCUUAGAAUCCGAUGACGACGAGAGAUCAGAUGAGACCGCCAAAACUGAUAAAGAACUGGAAAAGAACGACAAAGCAACACGUUCGGGUCUACGCAGAAGGGAAACGGUGAAAAAACCUUCUAGAUUCAACGACGACUUUAUCUACAGGGUUUAUCAAUGAAUUGAUGCAUUUGAAUUCGAUAUUUAAGAUGAUGAAUUGUUUGAGAAAGAAAUACAUGAACUGAAGCGAAUUAUUAUUUUUACAGCAAAUUUACCUACAUACCAGUU